UGAACGGAUCACUUACUCGCGAGCCAACACUAGUUUUAGCACUCAAACAGAAACGUAUCGCCUUCCAUUCGGCUGCAUAAGAUAAACACGCAACUUAUGUGACGAAUCACUAACAUUAGCUACACGACAACCGCAACGACGAAAGAGUGUGUGAAUUAAUGUCUGUUCCUACUUAGACCUGACAGUGGUUGCAGUGUGAAAAUGUCUACAAGGACCACCGCAAAGUAUGUGGAAGAAAAGGACCGUAGUCAACGACCGGAAGCUCUUUGGCUGCAGCCUUAUGUUGUGUCGUACAGAGCAGACAUCAGUGAAGCUAUUGGUCCUAAGCAGGAGGAGCCAGAGCGCACUCGCAUUAAAGAGGAAGAUGUGGCCAAAGAGCUCCAGCACUUCAAUGAACAAAUGGAGCAGAAGUUUCUUUGCACUGUAAAAGAGGAGGAAGAUCCGAAGCGGCCUUGUAAUAAAGAGGAGAGAGAGGACUCCUGCGACAUUAAAAACGAGAGAGAAGACUCCUAUGAUAUUAAAAAGGAAGAGGAGGAGGAUGCCUGCAAGAUGCCAUUGACUGUCCAUUUGAAGAGUUUAGAUGAGGGUCAACAUGAGGUGAGCAACGGGGCAGAGCCUCCAAGCUGCAGCUCAAGUCAACAAAUGACCAGAGAAGGUAAUGGAGACCACUGUGGGGGAUCACAAGCAGCUCCAUCAUCAGACAGUGAUGACGUGUCGUCACAUGUUCCUGCUGCUGCUGUUGGUGCUGCUGCUGCUGAUGAUGAUGAGUCUCAAAACAAACACAGACAAUGUUCUCAGUGUGGAAUUUUUUUUGCUCAUAGCAGUAGUUUGAAACAACACAUGAGAAUGCAUACAAGAAAGAAAAACUUUUCCUGCUUAGAUUGUGGCCAAAAUUUCACUCGGAGGGACACUUUAAAAACGCACACAAGAAUCCACACUGGCGAGAAACCUUUUUCAUGCUCAGUUUGUGGCGAAAUAUUCAGUCAGAGGCAAAACUUAAAUACGCACACAAGAAUCCACACUGGCGAGAAACCUUUUUCAUGCUCAGUUUGUGGCCAAAAGUUCGGUCAGAAGGUACACUUAAAAAAUCAUACAAGAAUCCACACUGGCGAGAAACCUUUUUCAUGCUCAGUUUGUGGCCUAAAGUUCGGUCGUAAGGGAACCUUAGAAAAUCAUACAAUAAUCCACAGUGGCGAGAAACCUUUUUCAUGCUCAGUUUGUGGCCAAAGAUUCUUUGAGAAGGGAACCUUAGAAAUUCAUACAAGAAUCCACACUGGCGAGAAACCUUUUUCAUGCUCAGUUUGUGGCCAAAGAUUCUCUGAGAAGAGAAACUUAAAAACUCAUACAAGAAUCCACACUGGCGAGAAACCUUUUUCAUGCUCAGUUUGUGGCCAAAGAUUCUCUGAGAAGAGAACCUUAAAAAUUCAUACAAGAAUCCACACUGGCGAGAAACCUUUUUCAUGCUCAGUUUGUGGCCAAAAGUUCGGUCAGAAGGGACACUUAAAAAUUCAUACAAGAAUCCACACUGGCGAGAAACCUUUUUCAUGCUCAGUUUGUGGCCAAAAGUUCAGUCAGAAGGAACACUUAAAAAUUCAUACAAGAAUCCACACUGGCGAGAAACCUUUUUCAUGCUCAGUUUGUGGCCAAAGAUUCUCUGAGAAGAGAACCUUAAAAACUCAUACAAGAAUCCACACUGGCGAGAAACCUUUUUCAUGCUCAGUUUGUGGCCAAAGAUUCUUUGAGAAGGGAACCUUAGAAAUUCAUACAAGAAUCCACACUGGCGAGAAACCUUUUUCAUGCUCAGUUUGUGGCCAAAAAUUCUCUGAGAAGAGAACCUUAAAAACUCAUACAAGAAUCCACACUGGCGAGAAACCUUUUUCAUGCUCAGUUUGUGGCCAAAGAUUCUCUGAGAAGAGAAACUUAGAAAUUCAUACAAGAAUCCACACUGGCGAGAAACCUUUUUCAUGCUCAGUUUGUGGCCAAAAGUUCGGUCAGAAGGGACACUUAAAAAUUCAUACAAGAAUCCACACUGGCGAGAAACCUUUUUCAUGCUCAGUUUGUGGCCAAAAGUUCGGUCAGAAGGGACACUUCAAAAUUCAUACAAGAAUCCACACUGGCGAGAAACCUUUUUCAUGCUCAGUUUGUGGCCAAAGAUUCUUUGAGAAGGGAACCUUAGAAAUUCAUACAAGAAUCCACAGUGGCGAGAAACCUUUUUCAUGCUCAGUUUGUGGCCAAAGAUUCUCUGAGAAGAGAACCUUAAAAACUCAUACAAGAAUCCACACUGGCGAGAAACCUUUUUCAUGAUCAGUUUGUGGCCAAAGAUUCUCUGAGAAGAGAACCUUAGAAAUUCAUACAAGAAUCCACACUGGCGAGAAACCUUUUUCAUGCUCAGUUUGUGGCCUAAAGUUCGGUCAUAAGGGAACCUUAGAAAUUCAUACAAGAAUCCACACUGGUGAGAAACCUUUUUCAUGCUCAGUUUGUGGCCAAAGUUUUUCAGCGAAGAGAAGCUUAAAAGGUCAUACAAGAAUCCACACUGGCGAGAACCCUGUUGCCUGCUCAGUCACUUGCCAGAGUCUCUCAUGAGAAUUCCGAGUGUGUUGGGGAGAUGAGCAAUGAUCCGUGAAGUUUUCACCUUCUGUUCGUUCAUGGGUUUUUGCAUCGAUGAUAAAAUACCUAGUUAACUGGUCUCAGGAUUAUAAUAGUUUUGUAGUUUUCAUUAUACUUGAUGUUUACUUUGUGUUUAGUUGUGGAUUUUAACUGUAAUUAAUUUUAAUUCAUAUUCCGGGCAAGUUGCUUAGUUUCUAUUUGUGUUUAAGGUUUUAUUUUUUUCAGCUUUUCAUGUUCAUGCACAAUGAUUAAAACUCUCCUCCAAAAGUGAGGCCAAUUCUUUUCAUUUUGCAGUAAAAGUAGAUGAAGCAAUUUGUGUAGAAAUGCUGAAGGACAAACUAUGAAAGCAUGUGGAAUGCCUUAGAUUCAUGAAAUAAAAUGAGUGAAUGAUACGGAAUGACGUUGAACAAUGUGGAAUCAUGUGGAGAAGUAUUGAAUCAUAUGGCAUUAUGUAGAAUGAUAUUAAUGACGAAAGAUGA